AACAGCCAAUGAAGAAGAAAACGUCCCCGCUGUUAGCAGUGUAGCUGCCGUUCAUGCGCUAGAUUAUGACUGUUUAACAACAAAUAUUUCUGUCAAAAUUGUUAUUUGGUAAUCUUUGGAAUAUCUUUGGCUAUUAGAAAACCCGACCUGCUCUUGCAGGAGCUCUCACGACUGCGGUGUCCCAGAGAAACAGCCAGGCUAAGGCUAAGCUAACAUAGGCUAGGCUAGGCUAAGCUAGCUGAAGACUGUAGCUGGCAGUUCAAAAGUCAGAAUGGAUCUAUUUGACGACCUACCGGAGCCAACUCAGGCCGGUGCUGUCUCAGCAGGUGUUACAUUCCUGCCACCAUCCGACAAAGAAAACGACAAAGAAGAGGAGAAGAGUGUGAAACGAAAACGAGAGGAUGAAGAGUGUCCUGCGGUUCUAGAAGAAGAGGAAGAUGAGAACAAGAAAGUUUGUAGAGAAGGCCUCCCCGUGUUGAGAGGCUAUGUGGCGGCGAGGCGUGGCGAGCGUGACGAGAUGCAGGACGCUCAUGUGCUGUUGCCCAACAUGAGCACCUGUGUGUCGGCGCGACCCAGUCAAGUAUCGCGGGUGUCGUAUUUCGCCGUGUUUGACGGCCACGGAGGCUCUCGGGCGUCCCGGUUUGCAGCGGAGCAUCUUCACCACACUCUGGCCAAGAAGUUUCCCCGAGGUGAAACUGACAACCUGGACAAGCUGGUGAAGAAGUGUCUGGUGGACACUUUCCGCCAAACGGACGAGGACUUUCUGAAGAAAGCGUCCAGCCAGAAGCCAGCGUGGAAAGACGGCUCCACGGUGACAUGCAUGCUGGUGCUGGAUGACGUGGUCUACGUGGCCAACCUGGGAGACAGCCGGGCGGUGUUGUGUCGGAUGGAGGCGGAGGGAGGAGCCACAAGUGAGCGGCGGCCGACGACGCUGGCACUCAGUAAUGAACACAACCCGACUAUCUACGAGGAGAGGAUGAGGAUCCAGAGAGCGGGAGGCACCGUCAGAGACGGCAGGGUGCUGGGCGUCCUGGAGGUGUCUCGCUCCAUCGGAGACGGCCAGUACAAACGCUGCGGCGUCAUAUCCACGCCCGACCUGAGGAGGUGUCAGCUCACGUGCAAUGACAGGUUCAUCAUAUUGGCCUGUGACGGCUUGUUCAAAGUCUUUUCUGCGGAUGAUGCCGUCAAAUUUGUGCUCGACAUCCUUCAGGAGGGUAGUGCUGACCAGAGGUUGACGGACCAGGAAGAGCAGUUUGAGGCUGCUUGCCAACAGUUGGCCACUGAGGCGGUCCGACGAGGCUGCGCUGAUAACGUCACUGUGAUCCUGGUUUCAAUUGACUUCUGAACACACACACACUCACACUGUAUGCAUCCACUUUGUUUUCCAAUAAAAUACUUUCCUUUACUUCCUCUGAUAGAUGUAUAUCACUGCAAUCACAACAUUUAAAAUGAAUAAAUACAAGAGUAACAAGGGUUAUGAACUAAUAAUAUUUUACCCUACAUUCCUUAUGAUAUAUAUCUUUGUAGAAUAUUUUGAAAAUAAACUUGUACCGUAUUUUUCAGAGUAUAAGUCGCUCCGGAGUAUAAGUCGCACCAGCCGAAAAUGCAUAACAAAGAAGGAAAAAAACAUAUAUAAGUCGCACUGGAGUAUAAGUCGCAUUUUUUGGGGAAAUGUAUUUGAUAAAACCCAACAUUCGCGCCAGGACCACCAGAAUGUCUCACAGUCUGUAUCCCCAGGCUGUGAGACUGCUAAAUGAACAGCCUGCCCCGGGCCAUCUUUUUACCUCACUCUUCACCACCUCAAUAAUUGUGCUCUGGACAUUGCAUUGCUGCAACAUCAACGUAACACCCAUCAGACAUCUGACUGUUCCCACCCCCACGCCCCUCUAUUCGCAAUCUUCUUGACAAUGCUAAACUGUAAACUAUGGUCAACUUGCACUUCAAUGCAGUUUCUAUGCCGCUAGACAAAGCUCAAACAAAAUCUUGUUGACAUGUAUGGCUUAAGUGUUAUUAUGACAAUGACAAUAAAGGAAUUGAUUGAUUGAACACCAAGAAUAGACAUUUGAAAGGCAAUUUAAAAUAAAUAAAGAAUGGUGAACAACAGGCUGAAUAAGUGUACGUUAUAUGAGGCAUAAAUAACCAACUGAGAAGGUAGGUGCCUGGUAUGUUAACGUAACAUAUUAUGGUAAGAGUCAUUCAAAUAACUAUAACAUAUAGAACAUGCUAUACGUUUACCAAACAAUCUGUCACUCCUAAUCGCUAAAUCCCAUGAAAUCUUAUACGUCUAGUCUCUUACGUGAAUGAGCUAAAUAAUAUUAUUUGAUAUUUUACGGUAAUGUGUUAAUAAUUUCACACAUAAGUCGCUCCUGAGUAUAAGUCGCACCCCCGGCCAAACUGUGAAAAAAAACUGUGACUUAUAGUCCGAAAAAUACGGUAUAUCAUAUACAGCGAAAGUGUCAAACUCAAAGCCCGGGGGGCCAGAUGUGACCCGCCAAAGGCUGUAAAUAAUGUACCUCGAUUAAGGGGCAGCAUGGCGUAGUGGGUAGAGCGCCCGUGUCAGAAACCUGAGGGUUGCAGGUUCGCUCCCCGCCUCUUACCAUGCCGUUGUGUCCUUGGGCAGGACACUUCACCCUUGCCCCCGGUGCCGCUCACACGGUGAAUGAAUGUUGAAUGAAUGAUAGGUGGUGGUCGGAGGGGCCGUAGGCGCAAAUUGGCAGCCACGCUUCCGUCAGUCUACCCCAGGGCAGCUGUGGCUACGAAAGUAGCUUACCACCACCAGGUGUGAAUGAAUGAUGGGUUUUUAACAUGUAAAGCGACUUUAGGUACUUAGAAAAGCGCUAUAUAAAUCCCAGGUAUUAUUAUUAUUAUAAAUACUUCAUGCCUGAAUGUAUUUGUUCUUUUUGUGACAGACAAAAAUACAGUAUGUUAGAAGUGGGAAUCUAUUGUCACCUCACGAUUUGAUUUAGAUUUGCGGAAUAAUGAUUCCAUUCAGAAUUGAUUCUUGAUUCAACAAGUUUGGUAUACAAAUGAUACAUUAACAAUAUCCAUAAUAGCUUGUUUUUUAUCCAAAAAUGGAUUCUUUAAAAAAAUAUUUAUAUACAAAACCCAAAACCAGUGAAGUUGGCACGUGGUGUGAAUGGUAAAUAAAAACGGAAUACAAUGAUUUGCAAAUCCUUUUCAACUGGUUUAAAUUCAAAUUAAAGUAUACCAAUGCUAAAAUAUUUGUCUCAAAUGUUAGGUAUAUGUAUUAAUGUCAAUUUGUGAGAGAGAUUCUGUUUCCAGAAUUAAUGUAAAUACAUUUAAAAGAAAAAACAGCGGCAUAAGAUUUUCUUUUUUUUGAAAUUCCUAUUUUUAUACAUUUAUGGCUCUAAAAAAACAGCAGGAUAUUUUGCGGAGAACUUUUAACCUAAUGUCCACAAUGACAUUGUCUAUAUGCAAAAAUGCAAAAAAAAAAGGAGUAGUGCCCAGACAGAACGAAAAUCCCUUUCUAGCCACUUUUUCCUUGUUCACCUAAUGGCCUACCACUAAAAAGGAGUCUGACACAGAUUUUUUUGUUUUUUGUUUAGCAGAUUUUUAAAAAGUUUUAUUUAUUUAUUUUUUUAAAACCUUUAUUUAUAAAUUUCAACAACUACAAACAGACGAGAAACAAGAGUCAAAAUAAAUACAAAAACAGUAUAAAACAGCGCCAGGGGGUUGUCAAUUCAAAGUAACUAAAAUAGAAUACAAAAAAAGAUAUAUAUAAUAAACAAUUAGUACAAAGCCAUAGGCUCACUCAAUUUCAGCAAAUAACAUAAAUUUGGAACACAGCAUCAUCGUUUUCACAGCUUUUUGGUUGUUAGAGGUAGAGAGUGUUUUAAUGUAGAGUUCUAAAUAUUUUUUAAAGGCACAAAAGACAGGUCGGGUAUUAAGAAUAUAAAACAUAGCCAAUAGUAUAAUGGUUGCAAAGGUAAAAUUCCUUUUCAAAUUUUUGUUCAUAUAGUUUGAGUUUGAGUUUAUUUCGAACAUGCAAGCAUACAACAUGAUACAUCACAAUUUCCAGUAUCUCUUUUCAACAUGUUGGAAAAGGAGUAGGAAGAAGCAGAGCUUAUUUAAUCCUACCCCUUUUCUAUACAUAGCAGUUGCUAAAACUUUUUGUUCACUUCCUGUUCACUUUGUAGUUCAGGUUCUUCAUCAUGUACACAGCUACUCCUCCUCCAUUUUUGUUGGUUCUGUUGAUGUAAUUUAGUCAUCCUUCCAGAUCAAAAUCUAUUCCUUUUUUUAUCAUCCAUGUUUCUGUGACAGCAAUCACCUUGAAGGGUUCGUUGAUGUGUUCCAAAAAGUUCUUAAUGUUGUU